UACUUUAUCAAUAUUGUUUAUUAAACACAUCCGUGUUGGCUCAGGAUUCCAUUAUCUGUUGGGACUGAAAAGUAGAGCUAAGUUCACUUACUGUACAGUGAUUAUGUCAUCCCGUACAGCCUCCCCAUCAACCUUUCACCCACUUUCGCUCUCACACACUGACACGCUGUUGACGGCGCUCGUGGGGAAGAGGAACCGUAGACAAAAUAUUGCAGAGAGUUGGUGGCCAUUUCUGAUCUGGAAACAUAGCCUUGUUGCCUGGAGGGAACCAUUCAGAAAUGUGGAUGAGUACAUUGCACUACUCGCCCUGCCUGCCCUGCAGAGAAGUACCGCUGCUAUGGCCUGUCAGGCGUUGAGGGCUUGUCGUAGACCAGGGCGGGCUGCAGGUCCACUACCCUCUUGUCUGACUUCAAUGCAUCUUCGUGGGCAGCACACACUAGGAUCUGCCUCCCUCCCUCUGGCUCACCACUCAGUGAGGCAUGUCCGGGCUCUGGAUGAAGAGAGGAUGAUGGAGGUGGAGUGGGAGGAUGGAGGACAAAGUCUCUACCCAUUCACCUGGCUGAGAGACAACUGCCAGUGUCCACUGUGUACCCUGGAGUCUGCUCAGGCCCGGAAACUGUUGAUGUCUGAUCUUGAUAUCCACACAGGUGUUAACGUUGUGGAGGUCACCAAUGAUUACAAGGUGUCCAUUGUGUGGCCCGACCUGCACACCAGUGUGUUUGACGCAGAGUGGCUGAAGAAACGCUGCUUCUCUGCUGCUGCCAGACAAGCCAUGCAAGAAGAGCUUUUCCUCAACAAGCGUCAUUACUGGGACUCCAAACUGCGCAUUCCCACGGCCGACUACCAGGAAGUCCUCCAUGACGAUAAGGCCGCGCUGGCCUGGCUCUCGGCCCUGCGACGUGUUGGCAUCGUCUACCUGAAGGGCGCUCCGGUAGAGCAAGGCCAAGUGGCCAGACUAGCUGAGCGGAUUGGUUAUCUCAGGCUGACAUUCUAUGGGCACACAUGGCAGGUCAAGGACAAAUACAUGGCAAACAAUGUAGCCUACACUUCAGGAAGACUCAGUCUCCAUUCAGACUACCCUGCACUGCACUUCGCACCAGGAGUGCAGUUUCUGCACUGCAUCAACCAGGCCGAGGAAGGAGGGGAGAGCGAGGUGGUGGACGGCUUCCACAUGGCUGAGCAGCUGCAGCGUGAAGACCCAGAGGCCUUCAGGACACUCAGCUCGCUCCUCGUGGACUUCACUGACACGGGAACGGACUACUGCGACUUCACGCUGCAGUCCAAGAAAUGCAUCAUCGAGGUUGCUGCCGACGGCCGAGUCGAGAGGAUAAACUUCAACAACGCCACCAGAGAUUCGGUGCUGGACCUCCCGGUGCACCAGGUCCAGCCCUUCUACAGAGCGCUGAAGGCCUACGUGGACAUGAUGAACCGACCAGAGAACGUGGUCACCUACAGAAUGAUGCCAGGCGACAUAGUGACCUUUGAUAACUGGCGUCUGCUGCACGGGCGAAAGGACUACAUCAGCCGGCGCGACAGGAUGCGACACCUUGAGGGCGCCUACCUGGACUGGGAUGAAGUCAUGUCUCGCCUCCGGAUACUCCGCGCCUCGGUCCACGGGAACAUUUAAGCUCCGAUAAGAGACCAACGAGUGGCUUUAAUCCGUCAGUUGAGCCCAAUGUUGCUCUUAAAACGCCGAGGGCAAAGUGCAAAGACACUAAAGUAUCUGACAAUAUGUCAAGAGCUAAAUCUCUGACUCUGAUUUAAAUGAUGAUAGCCACUUUCUAAACAUGUAACGUAGUGCAAUACGUAGUGCAAAGAUUAUGAAAAACACCUUGCUGGCAAAUGUUUAAGGUGUUUAUGGAUUCAGUCUUGGGAACUACUAACCAAUACGUUUUAUAAGCUUACAUUUUUAUUUUGAAGACAAUUCUUCAUGCCCAGUUCUCUGGUUAAAUAUUUAGCAACCUGGCUGCCAGAGAAAAACCUCAAUUAUCAAUGUAACACUCUAUAAUCACGGACUUCUGUUUUUCAUGACAUUUUAAUGUAUUGCUCACCACAGUGUACACUGUAUUUAGGGAGUAGAGAACGUGGUGGUGAUUUUACACAGAGCCUCUUGGGCUAUGUAAAGGGGUUUUUCUUACUGCCUGCAACACUACUACCUCUCUGGUCCAAUCCUGUGCCAAAACAAAGGAUGUGGUGUCCUUAACUUAACUUCAUUCUGUAAAGUUGCAGUCUGAAGUAAAAGUGCCUUAAGUACCGUAGCUGUAAUGUACUGCAGAACUUUAAAUUUAAAAAGGUCAGUUCAACCAAAUUACAAAGACAUGUGCACUGUCUACUUAACCCUUGUGGCAUCUGGCCAAACAGAAAAGUGUGGGUUCUCUCUGAGUUUUUGAGACACAGUGUGCCGUACCAGCCUGUUAAUCUUAGCAAAAAAAGAUUUUCAGUGGACAGUAAAGAUACUUUUGAAACUCAUGCUAAUGCCUUAUUGUGCCGUAUACAGGAUGAGCAGAACUUUUUUUUCACCCCCAGAAGUUUCAGACAAAGGUAUCCUAAGCAUCAAAGAUCCAAAACCACCAUGGUUAAGGGAUAAAAGAUGUUUUGUAAUACAAGUAACCUGAUCCUUCAAAUAAGCAUAAACUGUGUUCAUGUUAUUAAAAGGCACAAAGUUCUCAUGUUUCAAUACGGCCAGUUGGGGAUGGAUUUAGUCUGUUUUCUUGCUCGCUCACUGCUGUUACUGAAAGAAAUAUUUCUUCAAAGAAAACCCUUUAUGUCAUUUGUAUGUAACCUAAUAAAAGAGAACGUGGAUGUAAUUUUCCAGUCGGUCUGAUCAGGCGUGCACAGACAUGCUGACCAGUGAUGAGUAUGAUUGGUUUAUCCUCUGUGGGUGAUAAAAACUUAACUUUCAUCAACUGCAUUUCACUCAAAAUACUAAAGAGCAACCUCCGGUCUUCAUAGUUUUAAUGGUUGUGUUCAAUCUGGACUCAAACUAUUAAACUUGCAUUUUGUAGAGCAAGUUUGUGAUUUUUCUUUCAUAAAAGGACGAUGAACUAGGCUGAACUUUAUUUGCGAUAACUUUUAUUAUAUUGCCAAAGCUGUACAUAUUCUAUAAAUAUUUUUUUCAAAUGCUGGAAUACUAACUCCUGGCAUCUCUUUUCAUUUAUUCCCUCUCAUUACAGCAGCCGGCUAGCACAAUGACAGAUGAAUUGUAAUACUCCAGUUUAAAAAAAAAAAAAAAAACGUAGGCAUGAAGAGCUGUGCCCCAGUCUCAAACCAGUGUUAGAGAUCCUUCAGAUCGAGUUCCGUCUUAUUUAUAUAUUAUUUAUGUAUAAUAUAUUCAUUAAAGAAACAGCAUCUUCUGAUUGAGCAAUCCUACCGAUUAUUUCUCUUUGCACAGUAAAUCACUAAAAACACAAGCAUGUCAGAA